AUGUGCGGCUACCUGAGACCCUUCAUCCCCGAGUUCUCACACAUCACGGCGCCGUUAUUCGACCUGCUGAAGAAGGACAAGACCUACGAGCGGCGAGACGUGCACGAGAACGGCUACGACCAGCUCCGACACGCCGUCCAGAACACCGUCACGCUGCAUGCCCCCACCGACAAUGGCAAGUACAUCGUAGAGACCGACUCGUCCGAGUUAGUGGUCGGGGUUGUACUCAAAUAG